GCCAGCGUUAGGUGAGGCUGCAGGGCGUCCUGUCCUGUCCUGUGCCAUCCCCCUGCCACCCACAGGAGCAAUUGCCUCCCCGAUGGCUCGCCUGGAGCUUGCCCGCUCACCCGAAAAGCUGUAGGCUCAGCCCUGGCUCAAGGCUUUGCCCAGCCCUGUCCCUCUUCCCAGUCUCAGCAUUUGCUCGUCCCCCUCUUUCCCUUCCUCUUGCUUCUGGGGAGAGCCCUGCUCAGCCUAGCCCAGCAGAUCUCCCUGCUUUUCUGGCCCACGAAAGGAUUGGAAGCCUGCUGUAUUUGCGUCCCUGAGGGCCCCUGCUGUUUGCUAGCAGCUCUGUUUGGAUUCAGCUUUCCUGUUUUGCUUAUCUGCUGUCUGGAAGAAAUAGACUUUUUCACACCUCCUGCCUGAAUUUCGGUACUGUCACGUGCAGCAAAGCAUCGCUAGAUAACAUCUGCCACCCGUUCUGUGCUGGUUUCUUCGGCAGCCGCUCUCUGCCAGCAAACGCAAAGCCACCCGUGGGGAGGAGGGCUGUCAGCAGAGCGCUGACCGGGCCAUCUCACCGCAACACAAGGCACCAUGGUCCACGCUGGUGGAGGUAAAAGAAUGAAAAUCAAAAGCAACGGGACCAAAAAUGAGGAAGAAGGGAGCCUUCUGGAAAAGACACCGUGGGGCUGGUCCUGCGGAAACAUCAGCAAACAAUCAUUCCUGGAGCUGCCACCUGGAGCUGCUUUCAGAAGAUCCCCCUUCAGAAGAGGCGGUGGCUUCUCGCGCAGAGGAAGCGGGAGACAGCUGCUUUCUCCUUGCACAAUGCGAAAGCAUUGCUCCAUGAGUAAAGGAAUGAAAGAGCUUCUGGAGAAACUUAAGAUUCUGCCCCGUCCCCGCGGACCCGACCUCGCUCUGCGCCGUGAAGGAUGGCUGUGCCGGAGCUGUGAUCCCAGCCCAGCCCUGCAGCGGCCGAUGGACGGGAAAAUAUCUCCGACCACGGCAUCGCCCAGCAGUGUCGCUCCCAGCCUCCAUGCCUCCAUAGUCAGCAGCAUCUUUGGUGCCCGACCUCCACAGCCUCCGGAAAGUGUCCUUGGCAUUAGCUUCAAGCCCUACAGCCCCGAGUCCAGUGCAGCCCCGGCCUCCUGCACGACCUGUGAGAGCACACGAUCCUCCAUGUUCAGAGCUCCCUGCAUGAGCCAGCGACGGCUUGCGCUCAUCUUCUGCGUCUCCGUCCUCAUCGUGCUGCUCAUCGCCCUCAUCCUGCUGUUUAUGUUCUGGCGGUCACAGACCGGCAUUGUGUACAAGGAGCCUGCCGAGAGCUGCAAGGACAGCCCCGUGCGCUGCGACGGCGUCGUCGACUGCUCCCAGAGGAGCGACGAGCUGGGCUGCGUGCGCUUCACGUCCGACGAGUCCUUGCUCCACAUCUACUCCAGUGCUGAGAGCCAGUGGCUGCCGGUGUGCAGCAGCGCCUGGGACGACUCCUUCUCCAGAAAGACCUGCCGGCAGCUGGGAUUUCAGAAUGCAUCGCAGACUGAAUACGUCCCCCUGCGCCUCACCGGCAAGAGCCUCACCGUGACCGACGAGCGAGAGACCAUCCAGCAGAGCCUCAACAGCUCCCAGUGCCUCACGGGAAAGUACGUCUCCCUCCGAUGCACAAGGUUGGGCAAACAGGGUGUUUUCCAGCAAACUUUCUGGGUGAUAGAAAACUACGAAGACUGCUUUCUCAUGAUCUCCACUGGCCCCUGUGAACUACCGAGCACCGCGGGUGGUGGGGAUGUAUUUGCGCGUCCCCCUCCAUGUUGCCUGCUCUCAGAGCCCCUCUCUCAGCCCUGCUCUCCCCCUCCAGCCUGUGGGCAGAGGAUUUCUGGCCGGAUCAUCGGGGGAAAGGAAACCUCUGUGAGCAAAUGGCCCUGGCAAGUCAGUGUGCAGUAUGGGCCGAUCCACAUCUGCGGCGGCACCAUCAUCGACGCGCAGUGGGUCCUCACCGCAGCCCACUGCUUCUUCAUGAACAGCAUGAAGAUCCUCGACGACUGGAAGGUGUACGGCGGGGUCUCGGACCUGAAGCAGCACACAGAGGGCAUCCCCGUCUCCCAGGUCAUCAUCAACUCCAACUACAGCGAUGACCACGAUGACUACGACAUCGCUCUCAUGAAGCUCUCAAGGCCCCUGACGCUCUCAGCUCAGGUUCGCCCAGCCUGCCUCCCCAUGUACGGCCAGCGAUUCCAGACUGGCAGGUCCUGCUUCAUCACCGGCUUUGGGAAGACCAGGGAGAACGAAGAUAACACCUCCCCAAAGCUGCGGGAGGCCGAGGUGAAGCUCAUCGACUACAAGAUCUGCAACAGCGACAAGGUGUACGAGGGCUACCUGACCCCACGGAUGAUGUGCGCUGGGUACCUGCAGGGAGGGAAGGAUGCGUGCCAGGGUGACAGUGGAGGGCCCCUGGUCUGCGAGGACAACGGCCGCUGGUAUGUGGCUGGGGUGACGAGCUGGGGGACAGGAUGUGGCCAGAAGAACAAGCCUGGUGUUUACACACGUGUGACAAAGCUCCUCAGCUGGAUAUACAGCAAAAUGGAGAGUGAGAACGACUAAGACCGGGAUGGAGACUUGCCCGGACUGUGCCUCUGCGGCUGGCACGGGCUCCUGCCCUUGGUGGCCGCCAGGGCACGAUGCUACCAGGAGAUCCCCCCACCUAUCUCUGGACUGUCCGCGCAGCCAGGGGCACGUCGCUGUCCCCGACUUCUGAAAAAACAGUGUCUGCAAAGUGACUCUGCCCUCGCCCAGCGCCAGGGAGGUGGCCUGGUGGCGGCUGGGGACAGGACCCAGCCAGCCCCGGCCCGGCAGCACGCAGGGGGCAGCAGCCUGUGCUGGCAGCUGGCCGUGCCGGCUGGCAGACCCUCCUCGCCCUGUGUCUGUGCUUCUCCUCGUGUAAAUAGACGUGUCCGGACCAGGGGUGUUGUGAGUGCUUCCUGGCAGGACUGCGGCACACUCAGCAGGCGCCGGGCUGCGAGCGCUGCCCGGUGAUCUGGUGGAGGUUGCAGAUGGCAGCGAGGAGCAGGAAAGCCAUGGGGUGCCCGUGGCGAGGGAGAGCUCUCCUUUGCAGGGUGCUGCGGGGUCGCAGGUUUGUUACCUGGGGUGUGGGAUGGGACUCAUCCGGCACCGUGCAGCUGUGUGCCACGCUGUCCCAGCCAGGCCAUCCUCCCUCUUUUCUCCAGGGAGAGCUGAGCGAAGCGGAGCCUCGAGGUGCAGUUCCACCACCCUCUAGGAGGAGCAGUAGCCGCUCUCAUGUUUGUAGAUAGGUUUAUGAAGCGCCUUUUAAAUGCUGUUCCUCCCCGACAGAGAAAUCCCCGUUUGUUUAUUUUUCCAUGCUGUGGACGUGGUCUGAGCACAUGCCCACUCCCAGGACUGCGUGUGGCCGGUCCCUGCUCCCCGACCUGCUCAGCACCCCAGUGCACACCCGCUCCCGAGCUGCUCUCUGGCUGACGCCGUUCGCGUGGGCGCGUGUGAUAAAGUGGCUUUUAGCACAAGCCCUCCCUGCCCUUCACCCUCCGAGUUACUGCUCACGACUGAGAGAAAGGGGGAGGUUUAAGUCUUAUGGGGGCUUGGCAGCAGAAGUGAUGUGGGGAUGGAGCUGUGUGGGGGUAAAGCCUCCUGGGGGGUAGGAAUCCAUGGGCAUGAGCCCAGGGGAGAGCCGUAGCAAAAUCCAGCCUGUGAAUGCUGUGGACCAGAAUAAAACGCUUUCCUGAGAAGGCUGCACAGCCUGUGCGAUUGCCCCGUGUUAGAGAGAUGGCAGUAAUGAGCAUUCAGCCUUGCAUUUGCCUUGGGAGGAGGAAAGGUUGCUUGUACUCCUUCUUUGUAAGCCAUCUUCUUGCGGCUGGAAACAUUAAAGGAGGGACUGGUGCUUUGGGGAGCUCACUCGCUGUCUUUGAAAUAGCCUGAAGCUGCCUCACAAGUCUGUCCCUGCUGGUUCCAGCCCCAUCUCCUCCCGGCACGGGAGCGCGAUGGCCAGCCUGCCCCUGCCGCCUUGGGAAGGAGGUUGGUGUGGCGUAGGGUGGAGGGGGGGCAAACCCCCAGCAGAGGGCUCAGCGCUGAACAUCAGCUCCC